GUCAUAUAAAUGGGUAGACACAUUUAGAUGAUAGACUUUCUAUGUGUCACUGCAGGAAUUUAACAGCAUCGACAUAAGAAAAAUCCCAUUUAGGAAUUGAAUGCAUUGGAAAGAAGCGUUAAUAACCACCUUCCUGAUCACCUGCUGGAUAGCGGGGAUCGAAGGUGGUAAAGCUAAGGGACACGAUCACGAUUGGGGUUACUCUGGAAAAUUGGGUCCAGAAAAUUGGGAUGACGAAUAUCCUACCUGUGGCGGUAACAGGCAAUCCCCUAUUGACAUAGACGUCGAUAACGUAAAGAAAGACGAAAAUCUCAAAUUAAUUAAAUUUUUCGGCUACGAAACGCAUAUAAAAGAUGCUAUCUUAGAAAAUAAUGGACAUACAGCACAACUAACGUUAAAAAAUCCGGUACAGUCGAUUUCUGGUGCAGGUUUGAAUGGUACAUACAAAUUCUUGCAACUUCACUUCCAUUGGGGUCAAAAGAAUGAUGAAGGAUCAGAGCACACUAUAGAAGGAAGUGAUUAUCCUUUAGAGAUGCAUUUAGUGCAUUAUAACAGUCGCUACAAGCCGGAGGUUGCAAUUAUGAAACCAGAUGGUUUAGCAGUAUUGGGAGUAUUGUUCGAAUUGAGCAAGGAAGAUAAUAAAGAAUUAGCAUCUGUUAUCGACACGUUGGAUGAUAUUAUUCCAGAAGGAUCUUCGGCGGAAGUGAAAGAAUCGUUUGAUCUCGAUGAUUUGCUUCCAGAUGAUACUUUACCAUAUUACAGAUACGAAGGAUCUUUAACUACUCCUCCUUGCUACGAAUCCGUAAUUUGGACAGUUUUUAAACAUACGCAAACAAUUAGCGAAAGACAGCUGGAGCAAUUCCGUGCCCUGAAAGAAAAAUCGGAUGGUGAUGAUGACGAUCAGCUUGAAGAUAAUUUUAGACCAACUCAAAAAUUACACGGAAGAGUAGUGAAGAUUUCAUCAGACACGGGUGACGAACCGGAUAAAGACGAAGACGAAGGUCACGACCAUGAUGAUGACGAUGAUGACGACGACGACGACGACGACGAUGAUGAUAAGAAGAAUGACGCUAGUCAAAUAAUUCCAUCAAUUCUUUUCGUUUUAACAACUGCAUUCGAAGCUUACAAUGCUAUUUUCUAAUCGUACAAAUAGAUUUUAGCAUUAUUUUGCAUUAGUAAAGUGCCAUAUAACACAAAAAAACUGUGGAACUGUUUGAAGUCCCCUAAUCGUGAAAACACUGAAAGAUUCUUAAAACAUAUAAUAUAUAUAUAUAUAUANAAUAUAUAUAUAUAUAUAUUUUAAAAUAUAAUAUAUAAAAUGUAUUAAAUUCCGUCAUAAUCUAUUAAAAACUUAUAAAUAAACCAAAAAAUAUAAAAAUUUAUUUACUGAUUUUUGCAAUUUUUUUUUUUGUAAAGAAUUUUGAAGAUUUACUUUUUGAUUCCAGAAGGGUCGAUGUAAAUUUAUCUAAUUUCUUUUUUUUUGUUUUUAUAAAGGAAUCGAAUCCGAAUUUCUGUAAAUAAAAGGAAUUUUUUUUCUGAUAAUGUUUUAAAUGUACAGUACAAUGUUACGUCUUUGAAGUUAGUCGAGUUUAUAGUACAGUGGAAAUUAGAUAUUGUAUGGUAUAAAUCACUACUAGUGCAGAAAUAGCAGCUACA